GUUGGCGGCUGGUGCUGAAGGGACAGUUCCAGCAGCCGCUGCUUUGACGUGGGGGAGAAACAAAACCUGCGGAUGGAAACGGGAGCCGGGCGACUUCACCUUCAAGCCGGUGAGCGCUCCUGACCUCCGACCGGCCUCCGCUCCAGCUGCCGCCAGUCAAUCUGCCCGCUCGCGGCAGGGUCGGACAGCGCCGGCUGGACCCGCCCCGAGCUCCAUGGUUUGCCCAGCCCUGCGCGAUGGUGACUCUGGGCGCGGAGGCUGGCGACGGGCGAGCCCACAGAUCGCAGCAUGAAGGCGGGCAGCGCGGCCGGCGGCCGGUGGGGGCUGUCUCCCCGACCCCAGCGCCCAGGGAAGACGCACAACCUCCGGAAUCCGGGAAACGCCAACAAGUAGUUUCUCGUCGGAGACGGGCGGCUCAGCUGGGCGCCAAGACUCAGUCCAGCUGCCCCGAGCACCUCGUCCACUCGGAAACCAAAGCAGAACCACUUUUCUUUCGGUCUCGUUAAGUCAUGUCUGAGCCACAGAGAUGGGCAAGAUCGAGAACAACGAGAGGGUGAUCCUCAAUGUCGGGGGCACCCGGCACGAAACCUACCGUAGCACCCUCAAGACCCUGCCCGGGACGCGCCUGGCCCUGCUCGCAGCCUCCGAGCCCCAGGGCGACUGCCUGACCGCAGGGGGCGACAAACUACAGCCCUUGCCCCCUCCGCUCUCACCGCCGCCGCGACCACCUCCGCUGUCCCCCGGCCCCGGCGGCUGCCUGGAGGGCGGCGCGGGCAACUGCAGCUCCCGCGUGGGCGGCGGCGACCACCACCCCGGGGGCGGCCGCGAGUUCUUCUUCGACCGGCACCCGGGCGUCUUCGCCUAUGUGCUCAACUACUACCGCACGGGCAAGCUGCACUGCCCCGCCGACGUGUGCGGGCCGCUCUUCGAGGAGGAGCUGGCCUUCUGGGGCAUCGACGAGACCGACGUGGAGCCCUGCUGCUGGAUGACCUACCGGCAGCACCGCGAUGCCGAGGAGGCGCUCGACAUCUUCGAGACCCCCGACCUCAUCGGGGGAGACCCCGGCGACGACGAGGACCUGGCGGCCAAGAGGCUGGGCAUCGAAGACGCGGCGGGGCUCGGGGGCGCCGACGGCAAGUCCGGCCGCUGGAGGAGGCUGCAGCCCCGCAUGUGGGCUCUCUUCGAGGACCCCUACUCCUCCAGAGCCGCCAGGUUUAUUGCUUUUGCUUCUUUAUUCUUCAUCCUGGUUUCAAUCACAACCUUUUGCCUGGAGACACAUGAAGCUUUCAAUAUUGUUAAGAACAAGACAGAACCAGUCAUCAAUGGCUCAAAUGUCAUUCUACAGUAUGAAAUUGAAACGGAUCCUGCCUUGACAUACAUAGAAGGAGUAUGUGUGGUGUGGUUCACUUUUGAAUUUUUAGUCCGUAUUGUUUUUUCACCCAAUAAACUUGAAUUCAUCAAAAAUCUUUUGAAUAUCAUUGACUUUGUGGCCAUCCUACCAUUCUACUUAGAGGUGGGACUCAGUGGGCUGUCAUCCAAAGCUGCUAAAGAUGUGCUUGGCUUCCUCAGGGUUGUAAGGUUUGUGAGAAUCCUGAGAAUCUUCAAGCUCACUCGUCAUUUUGUAGGUCUGAGGGUGCUCGGACACACUCUGCGAGCUAGUACUAAUGAAUUUUUGCUGCUGAUAAUCUUCUUGGCCCUAGGAGUUUUGAUAUUUGCUACUAUGAUCUACUAUGCUGAGAGAGUAGGAGCUCAACCUAAUGACCCUUCAGCUAGUGAGCACACGCAAUUCAAAAACAUUCCCAUUGGGUUCUGGUGGGCUGUGGUCACCAUGACUACCCUGGGAUAUGGGGAUAUGUAUCCCCAAACAUGGUCAGGGAUGCUGGUGGGAGCCCUAUGUGCUCUGGCUGGAGUACUGACAAUAGCCAUGCCGGUGCCUGUCAUUGUCAACAAUUUUGGAAUGUACUACUCCUUGGCAAUGGCGAAGCAGAAACUACCAAGGAAAAGAAAGAAGCACAUCCCUCCUGCUCCUCAGGCAAGCUCACCUACUUUUUGCAAGACAGAAUUAAACAUGGCCUGCAAUAGCACACAGGGUGACACAUGUCUGGGCAAAGACAAUCGACUUCUGGAACAUAACAGAUCAGUGUUAUCAGGUGACGACAGUACAGGAAGUGAGCCGCCAUUAUCACCCCCAGAAAGGCUCCCCAUCAGACGCUCUAGUACCAGAGACAAAAACAGAAGAGGGGAAACAUGUUUCCUACUGACGACAGGUGAUUACACGUGUGCUUCUGAUGGAGGGAUCAGGAAAGGUAGGCAUACAUUUAACCGGAACUUAACAGGUGACUUAGCAAUUAAGUGUUUGAAAUACAUGGAGUGCUGUACAAUGUUUGUUCAUCAUUUUCUAGAAAAGCCUGCGUAUAGUGCUCUUUUCCUCUCUCCAUCACAUCUUUCAUUAUAAAUAUUUAAGAAUACAUAUCAUAACAGUGUACUUUAUUGUCAUUUCUUAAAUGAGUUACAUCCUUCUUUCUUUUUUAUUUGUCAUUUGUCUAUGGACAGAACUGUAAUGGAAUACAUAAAUAUUUAUCACUCAUUCAAUUAUUUUAGCAUAUAUUUGGCAGUCUUUAAAAAUUAUCUUUUUUACUGCAACAAAUAAAACUCAGUGGGUGGCUCUAUGCAUAUAUUUGAUGAUUAAUUAAUGAUAUAGAACAAUUAUUUUUUUUCAAAAUAAGGCAUUAAACAUUCUAAUUGUCUAUAUUUCCUAUACUUAGGCAGUUUUUUUCCAGUGGUUUAUUUGAGUAUUACAAGGUUGUGAAUGUACAAGAUUUUCAGCUACAUUGAACAGUAUAUUUAAUAACUUAAAAUACUAUUUAUGUAUUUACAAAAUGCACUUCUGGAAGUUAUUUUCAAGACCAAUGAAAAUAAUUUUGUUUACUGCCAUUUUUCAACAGACACUGCAUAGAGCUAGACACAUAGAAGAUUUUAAGAUGUGUUAAAUACAUGUUGAGUGAAUGAAAAUUGAAGGCCAGGUGUCUUUGUUAAGGAAGAAAACAAAAUGUUAUAGCUCUACUUCAUUACCUGGUUCCUUUUCCUUCAAUUGUACUAAUAUCUGUAAGGAUUCCUUGUUGGUUUUCCUUUUUUGGCAAACUCUACAGACAUAAAGACAAUUGGAGUUAUUUAUCUUGUCUUUAAGAAUGGUUUUGUGAUCAUUAUAACCCACUUUUCUAAAAAAAAAAAUACUGAUCCAUUCUUUCCUUAUCUCCAUCUUCCAUAACUUCAGUUUCUUUAUUGCCUUAUGUAUCUCCUUUAUUCCCCGAAUAUAAAAGAACUAUAAUGAUUUAUUAUAUUAAUUGGCCAAGUUUGAAUGAGAAGACUCUCCUGAACUUUGGCAUUGAUUCAAUUGCAUUUUAAAACCACCAUGCUUAUUUGUUAUUCAUUACAGUUCCUACCCAUUUAAUUCUUUAUCAUUUUACUCCAAAAAUGAAACAUUUCAUUACACAUGCUGUACAUUUCUUUCAAUUUUUCUAAUCACUUUAUAUUGUUCUGGGCUUCUAUGCCUUUGAAACUCAAAAGAGAAGGCAAGAGAAUCUUCAGUGAGCAAUAUUUUGAAUACUUCUGCAUUCCAGUUCUUUUCACUGUCAGCAUUUGUUGAUUGUACUAAUGUGAUUCAAUUAUCUGAAAUAAUUUUAUUGUUUACUGUUUUAUAUUUACACAUAUACAUAUGCACUAGAAAAAAUUUAAAGAUUUUAUGAAGAUAGUGAAUACUCUAUUACAGUAUUUGAGAAAAAUAUAUGUACAAAUACACACAUUAAAUCAUAACAAUAACACCUAAUAAUACCUUAUGUAGAACAUACUUUCUAAUUGCAUUGUAUAUUUUACCUUACUAUAUACACAUAUAUAUGUAUAUGUGCUUACAUUUAAAUAUGUUUUGAGCAUCAUCCAAUAAAGUAUCACUUGUAAUAUUUAUUGCAAAAUUGUAUGACUAAGGUACUUAUUAGAAUAUUUUUCUUCUGUUAUGCAAUAUUUUGAAUUUUAAACUGUCAAAGGAAAUCAUGGAUGAGGAAAGGCUUUUCAAAUUAUAAGUCAUUGUGUAAAUAUAAAGGUUUAUUCUAAAAUUGCAGUUGUAUAAGCAAAGUAAUUAAUAAGAUAUUUAGUGUUCACAAAAGUUAUAUAUUUAUUAUUAUUUCACAAAUAUAAAUUCUCUUCAUCAAUGGAAACAUCUUUGAAAACCUAUCCAUGAGCUUUUAAUUCUUUGUCAUUUCUCACAGAAUCAACUCUUUUUAAUUCUUGCUUUAUUCAUUAGUAGAUAUGUGUUUUCUUCUCUGGUAAUAUUUCUAGAUAAACUUGUUUAAUCUCUUUAGUGUGUCAUCUUGUCUAGCUAGAAUUCAUUCACUUCUCCUGUUUCCUUUUAUGUUGGUUAAAGGUUUUUCUCUUUUUACUUCUAGUUUGACAUCUAUUUUUCCAUAUGAUCCUUUCAUUUACCUUUCACAUUGAUUUCUCUAAUGACUUCAUUUUAGAGUUCUAAAUAUACUCCCUACCAUAGUCAUAUAAAUGUAAAGAAAUUACUAGAUUCCCAUUCAAUGGUUAGUUAUUAGCUAAAAAUAAGAAUUUGAUUGGACAUACAUGAAGGAAAUGUAAGGGUUCCCUAAGAGAGUGAACUCCCAAUACUUAGAAGUAAUGUUUUUAUUUGUACAGUAGAUUUUUUUUUAAGAUUUUUAUUUACUUAUUUGAGAGGUAGAGUUACAGACGGUGAGAGAGAGACACACAGAGAGGAUUUGUAGAGUAGUUUUUUUUUUUUUUUAAGAUUUAUUUAUUUAUUUAUUUGAAAGAGUUACACAGAGAGAGAAGGAGAGGCAGAGAGAGAGAAAGAGGUCUUCCAUCCACUGGUUCACUUCCCAGUUGGCGGCAACGACCGGAGCUGUGCUGAUUCAAAGCCAUUAGCCAGGAGCUUCUUCUAGGUCUCCCAUACUGGUGCAGAGGUCCAAGGACUUGGACCAUUUUGCACUGCUUUCCCAUCCCAUAGCUGGAUGGGAAGUGGAGCAGCUGUGUUCUAACCGUUGCGAGUAUGGGAUGCCGGCACUGCAGGUGGUGGCUUUACCCACUAUGCCAUAGCACUGGCCCCUGUAUGGUAGUUUUAAGGAGACUAUAUGACAAAACUUAAAUAUACCUAUGGGUAGAUCAUGGACAGUCAGCUUCAAUAUUGUCUCAAAUAAGUACAUGUUCUUAAGUACUGAAUAAAAUUCAUGUUAUAUAUUUAAAUGUUGGUUCAAAUUAAGUUCAGUAUUGCUUAUGCUAAUGAAAGAUAUUUCUAGCCACUCCAGUAAAGCUUGAUUAAGCAAAACAUUGUGUCAAAACCUUUAGGUAGAAGUGAACAUUUAAAAUAAAAAAUAAAGAUAUAUGAAUAACAUAUAAUUUUACUAAUUAAAUACUUCUUGCUGAAUUAGUAAGUUUUCUUAGAUCAAUACUGAAAUUACUACCAUUAAAAAUAAAAGGACCUAUAAACAGAAUGGACAAUUUUUAUAUUAACUAUUAUCUAGAUAAAUAACUAACAUGUAUGACUCUAAUCAAGAAUUAUAUGUUGCUGAUAGAAUUAUUAUAAAGCUGUCAAAUAGAUAUUUAGCUUCCUGGAAAUCCUAUAUUGAGAUUGGAGGUUGUGGGGGACAAAGUUAUAAAUUGGUGGAGCAAUGAUUUGUAGGUAUUAACAACCCUUUUGGUUCAUGCAUAUUCACCAGUUUCCCUUUAAUCAAAGUCAAUCAAUGUUUAAAGUCUAAUUUACAUUUUCAUGUUACACAGUCAACUUCUACUGCUUAGAACAAAUUACUGUUUGUACAAUUCCUUAAGGUGUUAUUUCAGACACUUUACAGAGGAGCAGCAAUAACGAACCCUCCAGGCACAUUAAAGUCCUUAAGAAAUGAUAAAUUACUUGCAAUUUAAAAAAAUUAUUUAAGACAUCCCCCUGUUAUCUAUUGCAUCAUCUAUCGGUACAGAAUGAAAUAUAUAUCACAGCCAUCUUUCGUACUUCACAAAACUAACAAAACAUUGGGAAAUAUAUCUUUUUUAAGAUAAUUCUUUAAUUAGCAUAAAUUAUAUUCUAAAGAACUUUAUCAUAGUUUUAUUAACUAUGGCGUAAGUUUUCAUUUGUUAAAGAAGACUUCCAGUUUUCUGAAAAUUUUUAUAUGAAAGGAGGAGGUGUUACUUAUUCCUCUUCCCUUUCCAGUCUAGUUUUACUCUGAAAUAGAGCUAUUUUGCAAUGCAUAUCCAUAACUGCCUUGGCCUCUCAUAAAUCAAAUAAUUAGAUAAGUCAAUUUUCCACUUCAGUGAAAGGAGAAGAAAUAGCAAUAGCUUCUUCCCUGGAAGUUCUAAGAAAAGAUAGAUUUAAAGAAGUGGCUCGGAGGAACAUGAAGUAAAAGAGAAGACCCAUUUCUUCCUUCCUCAAUUAUUAAAUACAAUUCUGGCCCAAGGAUUAUAUACACACAUGGGAACCUACUUGCUCAAUUUUGGUUAUCCAAAGAGAUUUUAAUUUUCCUGUUCUUUAAGAGUUUUUUUUUUUCAUGGAACUAUCAGAACAUUCAUUUCCAUAGCUAUGUAAUAUGAUUAUUGUUUUAGACAAUGGCCUACUUUUGAGACAUUUCAUUUCAUUAUUAACACUCAGUUCUCCCUACCUCAAUUAACCUCUAAUGGCUUGUAAUUAAAAUUAUAUGAAUAUAUUAAUCCUCCCCAAGGUGAUCUUGGUAGGUAUUGUUUGUUCGGCUAAGUAAACCUAUUGGGCUAAAGUUUGUGAGAGAACCUUUUAUUCUGUAAGUUCAUUGCCAUCAUGAACAAAAGACUAGAAUGCAAAAUAAUAGAAAUAGAAGGUGAACUGAGACAAGAUUUUUCUCAUUUUAUGAAAGAAGAGUAAGGGGAGGAAUUUAGCUGAAGCAUCUUGUACUGAAAUACAGACUUUAUUGCACUGGAAUUAUGAUUAAAUUUAUAUUCAUUCUUUCAUAGUUCUUCUUUGCAUUUUUUCCAAGGUAGUAGAAAUAUGACAUUCUACAUCACCUGGAUAAUGGCAUCCAUUGUCAUUAUUCAAGAAUAAAGGAUAAAGAAGGCCGGCGCCGCAGCUCACUAGGCUAAUCCUCCGCCUGUGGCGCCGGCACCCCGGGUUCUAGUCUCGGUUGGGAUGCCGGAUUCUGUCCCGGUUGCUCCUCUUCCAGUCCAGCUCUCUGCUGUGGCUCGGGAAGGCAGUGGAGGAUGGCCCAAGUGCUUGGGCCCUGCACCCAUGUGGGAGACCAGGAGGAAGCACCUGGCUCCUGGCUUCGAAUCGGCCGUAGUGCGCUGGCUAUAGCGGCCAUUUGAACCAACAGAAAAAGAAGACCUUUCUCUCUGUCUCUCUCUUACUGUGUAACUCUGCCUGUAAAAAAUAAAUAAAUAAAUAAAAAUAAAGAAUAAAGCUGGAAGAUUAAAUAUUCUAAGAAAAAAAGUUGUUCACUUAAAGUUUAGUAUGCUUAACCAAAUUUAAAAAAGGAAAAUACACAGUUUAUUUAUUUUAUUCUCAGGAGCACAUUCUAAAAUUUUUCAAUAUUGGCCAAGUUUACAGCUUACUUAAUUUCCUUUGCCUAAUUUUAAGAGUUCUAAUAGUCUAUAUUCCAAAAUGAAUAAGUCUGGGAAAGAAUAUAUCUUGAAAUAUUGAAAAUAUAAUUUGUGAUAGCUACUUUAAACUUUAGGGAGUGACAGAGUCAAUUUCAUUUUUUGAGUUAUAAGUUGUAUCAAUAUUGAAUUCUUUGUAAACAAAUCUUCUUUGAGAUCAAAAAUAGCAGUUUUUAUUAUCCUGUGUGGUAUUGUUUGUCUUUGUCUGUUUUCUGGUUGAAUUCAACUGACAUCUGUGCAUUUUUUC